CAGCAGUACGCGCGGGCCUAUCUUUGGUAUGUACUAACCAAGGUAGUCUUCUCAGAUGCAACCGGGAACUCAGCCCUCUGGAUGUUCUUGGAGCCACUUAAUAACUGGGAUACCCAGUAUAGCUGGGGUUCGGCCGCACUAGCAUACUUGUAUCGUCAGCUUGACUUGGCGUGUCGGAGGAAGGGAGGUACAUCCUCAUUGUCUGGGUUUGUUUGGAGCCUAUCCGUGUGGAUGUGGGAGCGGAUCCCGGUUGGACGGCCCGAUUUGAAGAACCCCCUCAUGGCAAACCCACGGGGUAAUCAUGACGGGUUGCAUGAUGAUGAUCCAUAUCGGCGCCCUACGCUUGCUUACUAUUGGGAACAAGUGACAGUGUACACAGGAAGCUCACAUGUGCGAUACAAGUGCUAUAUGAACGAGCUGGACACCUUGACUGCUGAGCAGGUACAUUGGUUGCCUUAUGUGGAAGAUCGUGACUUUGAUCUUAAUGAGAUGUGCACGCGUGAUAGCCAUCUUUGGUGGGCGAGGUGCCCAAUGAUAUGCUUCUUCGCAGUCGAGUGGCACUUUGUAGACCGUGUGGCAAGACAAUUUGGAAAAAGACAAGGUAUUCCAAUUGAGGAGAGCAAGGAGGAAAUGCUAUCUCUGCAUCGGUUCGAUCGAAGGAACAAUCAGGAUAUAUCGGAUUGGGCAAACAAACACCGUGCGUGGAUAGAAAUUUGGAAUCAAAGAGACACGUUAGUGCAAUCAGAGAAUAGACCUCACAAUCAGUCAGCAUAUCAGAAGUAUCAAGUGUGGUAUGCGGAUCGUUACCGGUUAAAGCUGAAGCCAGGUUGGACUCACGAGGAGUGGUCGGAGUUGGUGUCUGAAGACCCGGAGACUGCAGAAGGUUAUCAUACCUUCAACACGGCUGUGAGAGACACCAGAGGGGCUCAUGUUGACUACGCACCGAUGCAUGACGAAAUGGGCAGAGAGUUGCUUCUGUGCGUCAACGAUGCCAAUGUUGCACUGAGUCAUCCACCUGGUGGUGCAUUAUCUGAGAGGACUCUUAGGAGCACGAUGGAGAAGUUCAAGAAGCGGUUCCAUAAGAUGGCAGCUAUGCUUUCUUGCCAUGGUGCUCAGUCCAGUGACGUGUAUGCACCAGGUAGCCGCGCCACCAGAGCUAAUAAACGGCGUUAUGUCCAGAACGAAGAGGACAUAGAGGAGGAGGUCAAUGAAGAGGAGCCAGCACAUCAAGAGGAGCCAACACAUCAUGAUGAGCAUGAGUAUGAUGCAACACAUCAAGAGGAUCAUGAGUAUGAUGUUGAUGCUCCACAACCAUCACAGGUUACACAACCGACACAAGGCAAUGCCCACUCUAGAAAAGGCAAAGCAAUAGCUAAGACACCGGGCCAGAAAGGUAGAAAGAAGAUAUGGAACACUCAAUUCCAUAGUCCGGAGUAUCCUCAUCAAUUUAUGCCUGCGGGAAUGCAAAGAUAUAAGUCGAACAUUGAUGCAGAGGCGAAGGAGGCUAGCGAAGAGGAGGAGCAUGAGGCUAGCGAAGAGGAGGAGCAUACACUUGCAGAUAUCGUGAAGAGAGGAAGGAAGAAGUGAGCUUGUUGUAGUUUGUUUCAAUGAGCUUGUUCUAGUUUGUUUCGACGAACCUGGUGUAGUCUCUUUCCAUGAACUUGUUGUCGUUUCUUUCCAUGAACUUGUUGCCGUUCGAAUUAAGUUGUACCGGAUUCGUGAAGUUGCUAUG